GAACCUGUGGAGUCUGCUGAGCCCUCUGCCCCUCUGCUGGCCCCUUGUGCCUUCCCCUCCCUCCCUGCAUGCAGGGCCCCUGGCCUCCCCUCCUGUGCUCCACCAUACUACCUCCUCCACAGCAUGUCUCCCAACAGCCUGAAAACCAAAGCUGCUCCCUCCCCAGCUGCCUUCCCCUGUGGCCCAGGCCAGGUGGGGCCAUUCCUGCACUGAUGGUACCACAGGUGACAGCUGGUUUUGUUUGCUGGGACUGGCUCUGGACCACAGGCUCUCCAGACACGUCCAGUCUGUGCCUCGCAGCAACUCCAUGGGGAGGUGUCAUUUGUACUGCCAUUUACAAAAAAAAGAAACUGAGGCACAGGGGAGUUGAGUGACCUGUGCAGGGUCAGGCAGCUCAGCCAGACGUGGGAUCCUGCCAGACCUGCCUCAUUCUGUCCUCCAGCCGCUUGGCCCCAAGCCCUGUUCUUCUGAGAGCUGGUGUCUGCCCUAGCAGCCUGAGUCUGCACUUGCUCCCCUCUCUUCUAAAGGGUAUUUCCCUUGUCUCUGAAUGCCAUGCUGGGGGAGGAGGGGAGAGAGCAGCACUGAAGAUGCCAGGAGAUGCAGCUAAAGAGGCUGGAGCCCUGUCAGGCAGGGAUGGAUGGGCCGAGGGAGAGGCUUAGUCCUGGAGGAAGGGUGGGGACAAGUUUCACAAGGGCCUGAGAUGCAAGUUAGAUUGACUGUCAACAUUAGAGACAGUGACACGCAGUGAUGCCAUGACCACAGGGAUAUAGUCAACCCAAAGCUGGAGAAUCUUCACUUUACCUACAUUUGACUUGUGACAGAAAGAGGCACAUGGCAGUAACACAUGCUGCUGUGUAUUUUAAGCAGGGUGUGUGGCAUGCUUCUGUGGUCCUGGCCACUUGGGAGGCUGAGGUGGGAGAAUCAAAUGAGCCCAGGAGAUCAAGACCAGCUGGGUAGCAUAGUGAGACCCGAUCACCAGCCGAACACACACUCACCCUUAAGAUAUCUGUUCAAAUGAAUGACAAGCAAACCUGAGGGUGUGUGACCCUGCAGGGGGCUUGAAUCCAGCCUUUCCUUCCUCUGUGUUGAGCCCCUUGAUGGUGUGAGACCCCAGGGCGCUCCAUUCACUGGAGUGAGAAACCAGCGUGGUGGGAGGAGACAGACCUUCGGACCUUCGCACUGCAUGUGUGCUGUACUUCUGGGGGGGUUCUGUGCUGGUCUUGGGCCCUGGGACAGCUCUUCCCAGCAGGGAGCUCUCUGUACUUGCAGUCCCUCGGUGCCCCGUGGCCAGGCGCAGGGUACUUUGAAAGAAGACCUGGCCUUACAUCAAGGUGAGCUGGCCUUGGCCAGUGUCACGCUAGCCAGAUAAACGCACUGGUUUUUAAACCCGGCCUCACGUUCCUGGUGGGGUACAGGAGGGCUUUGGGCUGAUGAGCGUUUGCUACCGCCUUUGCCAAAGGUCAAUUCGCUCAUUCAUUCGACAGGUGUUGGUUGAAAUUUCGCUUUGUGCCCAUCCCUGCAGGGGUGGGGGAGAGCAGGGUGCAGGGCAGGCCAAAAUCACUCCUGGACGCAGAGCAAGUCAGGCACACUUAGACGGCCAGCUGGUGGCAGACAGUGGCAGACGUGGAGACUCAUGAGGAGAGGAGGAAGCAGCAGUGGGGCAGCAGAGCCUGGGGAGGGGAGGCUUGCAUUCCAGGAGCUCUCUGGCUUGCACUCCCAGAGCUCUCGGGCUUGCACUCCUGGAGCUCUUAGGCUUGCACUUCCAGGCUUGCACUCCCAGAGCUCUAGGGCACACCAGCCGCUGUGGGGCCUGCACUCCGCUCUCCAUGACCCCGUGACUGUGAGUGCCAGCCACCAGCCAGCACAGUCCGUCUGCCCAGUGCUGGGGCUCCUCUUCACAGGGCUCUGUCCACCUUGAGCCUGGCGGGGACUAGUGGUUCCUAGUGGGUUCCUUAAGGGUGACGUGUACACUGAUCACCAAGCCAGAGGCACCUAGCGAAUGGGAAGCCAUGCUGUACCUACCUGCCCAGAGCUGCUCUUGGACGGAACCUGGGAGGCUGUUAGAUAUCACUCUUGCAGGUGUCCUGCACAUGUGUAAACUUGAAAAACCAAGAAGUGAAAGACAAAUGUACAGCUGUAAGGCACCAAUAAGAAGUAUGGGGAGAAGGACUGGACGGCACAUGCGUGGGCAUUUGUGUCCUAGAUUUGUUUUAACCAAUAGUGAUCCUGGUGGAGGUUCCAUUUCCAUGCCUGUGAGGUUACCUUGUCCUCUUAACGACUGCACAGCAUUCGUAAAAUCAAUGCUGCAAAGUAGAUCUCAUUUGUUCCCCACCAACAGAAGAGUAGGAUGUUUUUAUUCUUUUUACUGGUAUAAGCAGUGCCUUAGUGAACACUCUUGAAUCAUCAUCAUCAUCAUCAUCUUCUUCUUCUUCUUUUUUUUUUUUUGGUGCUGGGGAUUGAACCCAGGGGUGCUUAAACAUUGAGCCUCAUCAUAGCCCUUUUUAUUUUUUGUUUUGAGACACAGUGUCACUAAGUUACCUAGGACCUCACUCAGUUACUGAGGCUGGCCUCAAGCUUGUGAUUCUCCUGCCUCAGCCUCCUGAGUAUCUGUGAUUUCAGGUGGGCACAUGGCACCCAACUGAGUCUGUUUUGACUCCCUGUGGAAGUGUGUCUGCAGGAAGUUUUCAGAGCCGGCAUUGUUGGAUCAAAGGCAUUGUGCGUUCUCAGUCUGAGGGACUCCGGGCCAGGCUGCUCUCCAUCAAGAUCGUGCCAGUUGCAUUCUCAGCAGUGGGAGGGGCUUGCUCCACAGCUCGUAGCUUGGCUGGCACACCACGUGCCCUUUGCCAUUGCCACAGCCACAGCGGCAAGCUCUGGUGCAGGCUUCACUGCCGCCCUCCCACAGGUUCAGAUGUCUGUGCUGUGUGCUCCUGAUUUGAUUUUGUAGUACCUCCUCUUCCCACAGGACUCUCCCCUAGUCUGUCUUCAGGAACACGAACCCGCGUGUCCUUAUUACUCAGCACAUGCUGAGGCCCCAGUGCCUGAUUCCCUGGGAUGCAAUGAUGUGUAACGGGUCCAGAGACUGCUUCCCAAAAGUCAUUCAGAGGCCUGCAAUACUAGACAGAGUCCAGCCCUGACCUGGAAUCUGUCCUGUAGCUAAGAGAGAGAGGAUGCCAAGGGAGAGGCAGCCGCUGUUGGGUUUCUGGCCGUGUCCAGUGUUGUCACCAUGUCUGCCCCUUUCUUCCUGGGGAAGGUCAUCGAUGUCAUCUAUGCCAGCCCCACCAUGGACAGUAGUGCCAGCCUGACCGACCUCUGCCUGGGGCUGACCUGCGUGUUCCUGUGUGGUGCAGCUGCCAAUGCCGUCCGCGUCUACCUCAUGCAGUCUUCAGGUCAGCGCAUUGUGAACAGGCUUCGAACCUCGCUGUUCUCCUCUGUUUUGAGGCAGGAUGUUGCUUUCUUUGACAAGACUCGCACAGGAGAAUUGAUCAACCGCCUGUCCUCAGACACUGCGCUCCUGGGGCGCUCGGUGACUGAAAACCUCUCGGACGGGCUCAGGGCUGGAGCCCAGGCCUCAGUUGGCAUUGGCAUGAUGUUUUUUGUCUCACCUGCCCUGGCCACUUUUGUCCUGAGUGUGGUGCCUCCGAUGUCCAUCCUUGCAGUGGCUUAUGGGCGAUACCUGAGGAACCUAUCCAAAGCCACACAGGACUCUCUGGCACAAGCCACUCAGCUAGCAGAGGAGUGCAUCGGAAAUAUCAGAACUGUGCGAGCCUUUGGCAAAGAGGUGGCUGAGGUGGAGAAAUACUCUCACAGAGUGGACCAUGUCAUGCAGUUGGCAAGGAAGGAGGCCUUUGCUCGGGCUGGCUUUUUCGGAGCAACGGGACUGUCUGGGAACCUGAUCGUGCUAUCCGUCCUGUACAAGGGAGGACUGCUGAUGGGUGCUGCCCACAUGACGGUGGGCGAGCUCUCUUCCUUCCUCAUGUAUGCCUUCUGGGUUGGACUGAGCAUUGGAGGUCUGAGCUCUUUCUACUCAGAGCUGAUGAAGGGCCUGGGUGCCGGUGGCCGGCUCUGGGAGCUCUUGGAGAGGCAGCCCCAGAUGCCUAUUGACGAAGGGGUCACUCUACGUGAGAAGAGCUUCCAAGGCGCCUUGCAGUUUAAGAACGUGCACUUUGCCUACCCGGCUCGUCCAGAGGUGCCCAUAUUUCAGGAUUUCAGCCUUUCCAUCCCGGCAGGAUCUGUCACAGCUCUGGUUGGCCCAAGUGGCUCUGGCAAAUCCACUGUGGUCUCGCUUCUACUGCGACUGUAUGACCCCCUUUCUGGAGCUGUUCUUCUCGAUGGCCAUGACAUCCGCCAGCUGAACCCAGCCUGGCUGAGAUCCAAGAUUGGGACCGUCAGUCAGGAGCCAGUUUUAUUUUCUUGCUCUAUUGCUGAGAACAUCGCUUACGGUGCGGACUGCCCUUCCUCCGUGACAGCAGAGCAGGUGGAGAGGGCUGCAGAGGCCGCCAACGCUGCAGCCUUCAUCCGGAAGUUCCCCCGAGCUUUCCACACGGUGGUGGGGGAGAAGGGUGUGCUGCUGUCAGGUGGACAGAAACAGCGGAUUGCAAUUGCCCGGGCCCUGCUUAAGAAUCCUAGAAUUCUUCUCCUGGAUGAAGCGACCAGUGCGCUGGAUGCCGAAAAUGAGUACCUCGUGCAAGAGGCUCUGGAUCGACUGAUGGAGGGAAGGACAGUGUUAGUCAUUGCCCACCGCCUGUCCACCAUCAAGAAUGCAGACGUUGUCGCUGUUCUUGACCGUGGAAAAAUCACCGAACACGGGAAGCAUGAAGAACUACUUUCAAGACCAGACGGGUUGUACAGAAGACUAAUGAGCAAACAGAGCUUUCCCUCAGCGUGAAGAAGCAGCUCCCCAUGCACUGAGCCUGGGAGGCUUUAAAGCAUGGUGGCACUGCAGGAAAAACGCAGACUAAUGAAAUCCACAAGUCACACUUCAAGAUACUUGAAAUAUGUCUAUUUUUCCAAAGUAUGUAAAAAUACUGUUUUGAACCAUCCCUGUUCUCAAGACCUUUUAGCAGUGUGACUUUCUAAGUGUCCCUGCACCAGGGCCUUCUCCUGGUUCUGCGCUCCCCUUCAUGGACAGGAGCACAGUGUUGCCCAGCACCUCGUGCUCUUUGCCUGACCUCGCAUAUUCAAACUAUUGUGGAGAGAGCUCUUGAAAUGGAAUUAUAAAUAAGGAGCAAGGACUCUGGACCAGCUUAGCACACAUUGUCACCCAGUGUCCUCUCACUGGGUAGUAGAAGUGCCACUCGGCCUUUACGGAAGCGAAGCUGCCAGGCAGAGCGUCAGGUAGAGGAAGGGGACAUCCACGCUACCUAUGCCCUGGAGUUCCUGCAGUGUGAUCCUGGAGUGCGACAUCCAGACGUGCACAGUCUCCAACAACCUGGCACUUGGAAGCCUGACUGGUUUGAACAUGGGAAGGAAGCGGUUCCUCCAACCGGAAAGCUUUGUGUUCUCUCUUCCCAUGUCUGUUUCUGUGAGUACUCUUGGUGCAAGGCACAAAUUGCUGGGUAUCACAAGAAAGAGGGAUGAACAUGAACUUUACAUGUCAGUUGUAUGAGGCAUGCAUUUGAAAAUUAUCUGUCAAAAGCUUAUAAUUCCCAGAGAAACUAAAGUUUAUAGUUUUUAUAAUACUUUUGAAUUUUCAUGAAUAUAGCUAAAAUCUGAAUAACAUGGCUAUCAUUUUCAGCCAUAAGAUAUUUGAAGAAAAUUUGAAAGCCUUCCUGCUCCACAGAGCCCAGAACCUUCUGUCGUGGCACUGUCCUGAGGAGGACACCAGUGGCCCCCAUUCUUGUAUUUAUGAGAAUAGUCUUGUUCACCUGAAUGACUCAGUCGCUAAAACAAAGUGACAGCCCCCGAGUUUGCCAUGUUCUGAUUCGUGCUGGUAACUUGCUGUUGCCUCUAGAAAAAGUGCUUUUUCUACAUCGAUGAUGCCAAAGCCUGAGUUGCUAUGCUGGUGUGGACUGGAAGCCCCUGGUGCCCAGAUGGCCUCCCUCCAGAUCCUCCUGGAAGAAGCAGCCCGUUUCAGUAGAGGCUUAGAGUGUUACGUUUUUUUCGACAAAAGGGAAUUUAAUAAUGAAUAAAAUGAUUCAGUGAAUGAG